AUGUUGUCAUCUGCGAGAGUAGGGGUGGGCAAGAAUCGCUGUUUUGAGUAUCGCCGAUUCCAAUUCCAAAGUCUGUUGGAAUCGCUGAACCUCACAGAAAUUGAGCUUAUGAAAAAAAGCACUUCAUCAACCUGGCUCUACGCACUGCGCCCUCUAGUUAGCCAUGCAUUGCCUCAACUACCCAAAACACAAGGAAAACGAAUAUUUGUGGUGUCUUGGUGGGUGGGUUGUUUCAUCCUCACCACGGCUUACACAGCAAAUCUCAUUGCCUUCAUCACCAUCCCUGCCUAUCCCGAGCGCCUGCAGACGGUAGAGCAGCUCGCCCAGAGUCCAUAUAGGAUGUCCAUGUUCGACUACGGAGAGUUUGUACCAGGAGCGCUCAGGUCCUCCAAAGACCCCCACUACCGCUCCUUGGGGAAAAAGCUGGACUUGUAUCCCACCUACGACGAAGCUAUUUACGCGGUGGUCAAUGGGACACACGCUUACAUUGAAAGCUUCUCCUACAACCGUAUUCUGCUUUUCGAUACAUAUAAGAUGCGUAACACCUUCCUGCUCCAGGAACAGUUGUAUCCAGGUCAUCUGUGCUGGUACUUCCAAAAGAACACAGCGUGGAAAUAUAAGUUUGAUUGGGGCAUCCAACGUCUGGUAGAGGCUGGCCUGAUAGCACAUUGGAUCAAGGAGUCGUAA